ACAACUAUGAAUGCUCUAAAUCUUUUUAAUUCAUUUGUUGUUUUUUCAUUUCACAAACAGUUGAAUGGCACACAUUGUCUACAAACCGCCGUUUUUACUGAAAUGCGCGGAAAAUAUUAAUAUCUAUAACGCUCAAAUGGUUUGUAAUGAGUGGUGUCCCCCUGGGUUUCGGGUAAUUGAUGUUACACCGUUUAGAAAUGAAAGAAAGCCGUUCUGUCAGUGGUCAGUUUCCUAUCAAAGGGAUCCCCUAAACCCAGGGGGGUACCGAGGAGGCGACGCCGAAAAUGCGUUUGUACAACUGGUGUUAAUAAGACCGGUGGACGCUGAUGUCUACAAAAAAAAAAAGUUUGUUUGGACCCCCAGGCAUUCACAAUUAUGUAUAAUGUAAAGUGCCAAUGCCGGUCGGGUUUUGGCGGGAUCACGAAGCCCAUUUCGGGUGAAUCAGCUGUAUUGAUAGCAAAUAUUGUGAAAAAUUCACUCGAUUUUAUCGGCAAAAUGGAGGUUGAUGACAUCGGUGAUGUUACUGUAACCAGAUUGUUAGAAGUUGAACACCCAGUGCUCAAAAUUCUUGUCGAAUUGGCGCAACUCCAUGACGAGGAAGUUAGCCAUGGAACCACAUCUGUUGUCAUUUUGGCAUCAGAACUACUCAAAAAUGCCCACGAGCUUGUGAAACAAAAGAUUCAUCGAACCUCAAUCAUAUCCGGUUACCGUUUGGCUUGCAAUGAGGGCUGUAAAUACCUAUUGGAACAUUUAAUCGUUCCCGUCGAUAAAUUGGACAAAGCUUGCUUACAAAAUGUGGCCAAGACAUUCAUGAGCUCAAUCAUUAUCGGUGCCGAUUCCAACUUCUUCACCGCAAUGGUUGACGAUAACGAACAAACAAUAAAGAUUUUGGAUCCGGAAGGAAAUCCAGCCUAUCCGGUCGAAGUGGUGAAUUUUCUGAAAGUUGGCGGGAAAUCAGCUCGCGAAAGUGUUUUGAUUCGAGGAUACGCAUUGAACUGCACCGUGGCUUCACAGCAAAUGCCCAAAAAGAUUUUAAAUGCAAAGAUCGCCUGCUUAGACUUUCCACUACAAAAGAUGGAAAUGGGAGUUCAGGUGCUCGUAUCGGAUCCAGAGAAGUUAGAGGGAAUUCGUGCUCGUGAGCUGGACAACACUAAGGAGCGCAUCGACAAAAUCAUGGCCAUAGGUGUCAAUGUUAUUUUAACAUCGGGUGACAUCGACGAUUUGUAUUUGAAAAACUUCGUCGAAGCUGGCGUAAUGGCUGUCAGACGAGUGGAACUGGCUGAUCUGAAUCGAAUUGCUAAGGCCACCGGUGCGGCAUAUUUAACAUCGUUGACUCCCAUGGAGGGUGAAGAGAGUUUCGAGGCCACGAUGGUUGGUGAGGCAGCCGAAGUGGUACAAGAGAUGAUUUGCGACGAUGAAUUUAUUUUGAUUAAGGGACCGAAGGCCAGGACUGCUGCAUCAAUUAUUCUCCGCGGACCCAACGAAAACUAUUGCGAUGAAAUGGAACGUUCGGUGUACGAUGCAUUGUGUGUUUUAAAGCGUGUUGUAAAGGCAAAGAAAUUCGUUGCUGGCGGUGGUUCUGUCGAAGCUGCCUUAUCAAUCUACCUCGAAAAUUUCGCUAUUUCAUUGGGUUCGAGCGAACAACUGGCCAUCGCUGAAUUCGCCAACUCACUACUUGUGAUUCCAAAGACAUUAGCAGUGAAUGCAGCCAAGGAUGCAACCGAUUACGUAGCCAAAUUACGUGCGUUCCACAAUUCCAGUCAAACAAAAUUGGAGCACACCGAUCUUAAGUGGUGCGGAUUGUAUCUCAUUGAGUGUGUUGUCAAGAACAAACGAAAGGCCGGCGUACUGGAACCGGCUAUGUCAAAGAUCAAAUCACUGAAAUUAGCCACCGAAGCUGCCAUCACCAUACUGCGAUGGGAGGAUGAGCAAUAUGGCCGGGGAUAUUGCUGAGGUGUAAGUGUGAUAGUAUAAUCAGCUGCUCGUUUGUAAUUUCUUUGUUUGGUUUUUUGAAUUAUUGAGCUCUCUUGCGUCAGUUAUUUGGGUUCGAUGUUGAAAAUGUUUUUCGU